AUGAUUAUUGAAUUGGAGGAUAAAUUAACUGCUUCAAUUCACAUAUCAAAUUUACAGGAUCAAAUUAAUGGUGUUCUAUAGAGUGAUUUCUAACGCAAAUUAUUCUUUACGAUCUGUAAUAAUGAUAGAAAUACAAAUAGGCUUGGGACAUAUUAUACAUAUAUUUGAUAGUUGUGUUGCUAUGUUUGUAUAUGAGAGUCCAUUAAUACUGUUAUUAUAUUUUGCAUGUUAUACUAUUGGUCAAUUGGUAGCCUUAAAUAAAUAAGUGAAUCGUUGUCAAUUUUAUUGUUCGAUAUUGUAAAUUGUUCUGAUUUGCAUAUUAUAUUUGGAGAUGAAUCAAAAUACAAUUGUUAUAAUUGUUUUCAUUAUCAAAUCAUUGAUUAAUGGAUAUAUGAACCAAGUGCUCUAGAUGAUAAGAUUUCAGCUGGUUAAGAUCUCUGUAAAUGUAGGAUACUUGAUAACCAUAGUGUUCAGUCUCAUCGCAAUAGCAUGUAAGACGUUUGGGUAUUCUGUUUUCCGCUUUAUUUGUAUUGCUGAGAUUUGUUUAUUAAUAAUAUUCUUGAAUCGAAGCUCUCGUCUUCCUCCUUUAAUGGAACAAUGCUUAGACAACGAAUUUGAUAUUUAUGUCAAAUAUAUUGAAAAGUGCGCAGAGAAUAAUUCUAUAUUGAGUUUCGAAGAAUAGUAUAUCUUUGAUUAAAUAAUUUAUUAGUAAGAAUUCAAAUGAGUAAAUUUCUAUUAUUCAAACAUUUUAAGUAAAAGUACAUAGACCAACAAUGAAAAAAUUAUUUACCAAAUUGUCAAAGAUCAAUGAAUAGAUUUAUACAUACUUUGUUUGUUAAACUCUAUAAGGAUUGCUAUUUUAUAGGUAAUUAAAAUUAUAACUUUAGUAAUUUGACAUACAUCAAAUAUUUCAACUCAGACAACAGCAAUAAAUAUAUAGAUAUUAUGCUAUUAUCCAUUUUUGGAGCCUUUAGUAAACCUUUCUAUCAAUUCAUGAUUAGAUUGUACACAUAGAAACAAGUAUAUCAAAUUUCAUGUAAAUUUCUUUAUAUUUUAGAAUCAAUUUGCAUAAUUAGUUAAAUGUUGAAGAUGAGUUACAUCUAUUACCAAUCAGAUUUGGUAUUAUUGAUAGCUAGUUUGUUGCAAGCAGUCUUCCAUUACAACAUAACCACAGAUAUUAAUUCAGUAACUUGGUCGAUAAUCUAAGGAUUACCGAACAAUGAUUUUAGGAUUAUCAUAAGUGUGUCGACACCUUGGGGGAAUGUUUAUGGCCUAUAGCAUUUAUGACUUUCUGCAUGAAAAAUUGUUGGAAUUCUUGUUCGUUUAAUU